CUGGAAGUCUGAUCUGAUCGGACAAAACGCGCGUGGAACGUUGCAACGUUCUCGGAGACCACAGCUGUGUGCGCAUCCCAGCGUCGCUUCGUCAAACACAACCAGCAUUGAAGACCCAGAUAGCGAAAGGCCCUCUUACAACGAAGAAGCAAAAAAACUCGAUUACGUCGGCAGUCGGUGGGCAACUCACGGAGAGAGAUAUUACUCGUACUUGAAGGGAGACGGUCGCGGAAAUGGGACCCUCAUCCCCGCGCAAGAAAAAACGGAGUGAUCUUCGCAAUGACCGCGGGUUCGUGUUCAGGCCGCUCAAACCAGCUGUAACGAAAAAGAAGGCCUCGAAGGAUAAUCAGGAAAACGAGAACAUUGUAGCAGAGAAGGUGGCGGAGAAUCCUUUUGUUGGAAAAUCGACGAUAUCGCAGGACGAUUUCGAGACGGAAUCCCUCACCACCGCGUCGAAACCGAAAGGAAAGGGAGAGAUAGAGAGGCCGGCAAAGACCGAAAUCGCUCCUCAACCCAGGCCGAGCAAGAGCGGCAAUGAUGAUGUGCCGACUUCUCAAGCAACUAUAACAACAACGACUACCAAAACCACCACGACUCGUACACGCCGGCGCCAGAGCGCUUUCCCGCAAUCCCAAUCAGGAAGGACCGACACCGCCCAAUCAUCAUCAUCUCUCACCUCCACCUCCUCCAAAUCGGACUUGCGAUUGCAGCUGCUUCGAUCACGCCGCUCGUACAUGCCGCCGAGAUCGUCCACCAGCCGAAAUGACUACACGGUUGAGAUCCCGCUCGCUGGCGAUACGCCGAUAAUCGAGAAGAACAGGACGAUGAGGUUGGGCGGCGCGAGCUUGGGUGGGGCCGCUGGACAUGGGGAUGGGGCUGGGAAGCGGAGGAGGAGUAGCCUGGGAUUGAGGGGGAAGAGGGUUUCGAGGAAUGGGCUUUGUCCACCACCGCACGAAACAAUCGAGCCAGAAAACUUCUACCGCCAUAUUGACGCUGAACAGUCUGAUCCAAACCGUAUGCGCCAACUGCUCGUAUGGUGCACGGAAAGGAGCAUGAACAUGCCCCUCGCCGAAUCCAUAAAGAUCGUCAAAUCGCAUGAGGAAGGAAAAGCCGAGGAACUGCCCGAGCUAGACGGUCAUCUUAAAGCAAUAUUGCGAGAUGUACAAAAGGAAGUGAUCGAGGCAUUGUCGGCGCGACAGAUCAAUACGUCGUGGUAUCACAGGCCUGCUGCUCCUUCCGAGCUUGUCCAAUCGCCCCUGAAGAAACAACCACACCCAAUGAAUGAGGCCAACGCAAGCGAGCUAGCUGCUUUUCAAGCCGAGUUGGAGAGAUUACAAGCAGAAGAAAGCCAAUGGCACCAGCUCUUGGAAGACUACACGGCCGCCCACCCCACCCCAGCGCCGAAACCUUCCCCACAGGCUGACGACCCGGCUACAUCGUCACCUGCGGAGAAGACGCCGCCGACAGACAUCCAACCCGCUCACCGAGCCAUUCUCGCUCAAGCGUGCGAGCGCGAUCAUGAGAAGGAACUGGACGAAUGGAUCACACAACUUGUCGAGGAUGCGACUAUCGACCUCGACGCGACUUACGACGCGCUCGCGAAAACGGCCUCCUUUGCGCACCGCACCAAGAAAUUGGCAGAUGGGGUGUUUGAUAAGGUGCUCAAGGCGUACGAGGAGAAGGAGAAACGGGUGAAGCCGGUGGAUACUAUGGGGGUUUUGAGUCUGUUGUCGAGGUGUUGAUUCGGGGUUGAGGGUGAAGGGGUUGAGGGGGUGAAUUCGGGUUUCAUAGGGCCUUGUGGCCAUGUCGGCACACGAUAUGAGACUAAGUGUACGGAACGCCUGGUCAGCUUUGUGUUGGUUUGGGAAAAGGGAGGUAUAUAUGAAUGCAUGACACUCGCGUAUGAUGCACAUUUAGCGUUGUCAUUUUCCAAAGGCGACCAA